AACCAAGGCGGCAUCAUGGCAGAAUACACAGACCCACACGGUGAUGGAGCCGCUGACGAGAUGCCUGAGCUCUCUGAUGAGGAAGACAAUGAGGAAGAUGAAGAGCAGUGGCAGUGGAUGGAGGAGGACAGUCAACCGGUUACCUGUUUGUUCUGUGACAGGUCGCUGAGCUCUGUAGCAGCCACCCUGCAGCACUGCACAGCGGAGCACCAGGUCAACCUUGUAGACGUAAUAAGAAAACACAGUUUAGACGACUACGGUUAUAUAAAAAUGAUCAACUUCAUACGAUCAACUAAAUGCGAUGCCUCUUGUCUGACUGGGCUGCCGGAUGCUCCGCUACCAUGGGAGAGUGAAGACUUCCUGCGACCAGUUCUACAGGACGACCCGCUGCUGCAAACAGACCCUGAGGAACUCUGUAGCAGCGAGGGUUCCUGCCCGUCGUCUGGACCAAAUCCCCAUGAUGCACUGCUGCAAAGGGCUCAGGCUGCUGAGGAAAGAGCUCGUCGUUCAGAGGAGGCGCUGGCCAGAGCCAUGGACGACCUGCACAAACUCAAGCUGCUGGCUCAGGGUUUGGUGCUGAAUGCAGAAACGAGCAAAUCUGGCAACCUGGGGGCCGUGGCCGAGCUCCGGGAGGACGAGGACGAGGCCUACUUUAGCUCCUACGGACAUUACGGCAUCCACGAGGAGAUGCUGAAGGAUAAAGUGCGCACAGAGAGCUACCGAGACUUCAUGUACCGUAACCCUGAAGUGUUCAGAGAAAAGGUGGUGCUUGAUGUGGGCUGUGGAACUGGAAUACUCUCCAUGUUCGCUGCCAGAGCUGGAGCCAAAAAGGUCAUAGCGGUCGACCAAUCGGAAAUCAUCUAUCAGGCCAUGGACAUUGUAAGGUCCAACCAGCUGGAGGACAAAAUCACUCUGAUCAAAGGCCGCAUAGAAGACAUCAAACUGCCUGUGGAGAAGGUGGACAUCAUCAUCUCAGAGUGGAUGGGUUACUUCUUGCUCUUUGAAUCCAUGUUGGACUCUGUCCUGUAUGCCAGAGACCUCUACUUGGCAGACGGUGGCUCAGUUAAGCCAGACCUUUGUAACAUCAGCCUGGCAGCUGUAGGAGAUACGCAGAAGCACCAAGAACGCAUUGCAUUCUGGGACGAUGUUUAUGGCUUCAACAUGGGCUGCAUGAAGAAGGCCGUGGUGCCCGAAGCGGUGGUGGAAGUGGUAAAAGCUGAGACACUCAUCUCUGAACCUACAGUCAUACAGACAUUUGACUGUAACAGUGUGUGUCUGUCUGAGCUGGAGUUUGCAUCGGAUUUCUGCUUGAAGAUCACAAACACCACAGAGUGCACGGCAAUUGUUGGCUACUUUGACAUUUUCUUCGACAAAGGCUGCAGCAACAAGGUGAUGUUCUCCACGGGUCCUCAGGUCACAAAGACACACUGGAAACAGACGGUCUUCCUUCUGGAGAAGCCUGUUUCUGUCCAAGCAGGAGAAGAGCUCAAGGGGAAGAUCACUGUCCGUAAAAACAAGAAGGAUCCUCGCUCACUGUUGGUCACCUUUGAUGUCCAGGACAGGAAGCAGACUUACAGCCUUCAAUAACAUCAGCUGUCUCAUGGUACAUUCAAGAAACAAAUGUAGGCAACCUUUUACUGACCAGUCAUGAUAUUGCAAAAUGUUAGGAUUGUAUCUCUUUCUUGUAAUAAAAAGAACAGACAAUGUCAUUUAGGA